CCGGAAGUUGUUCACCGUCCUGUCUCAAGCUACUCGGCUAUGGCGCUGGACGCGUCAACGGAGCUUCUUUUUCUAGAUACAUUUAAGCAUCAAAGUGCAGAGCUAACUAACGUGGACGUGGUGCGGUUUCCUUGCGGGGUCCUGAUCACGGAGGUGCGGGUUAUUCCUCCAGGGAUCAAAGCUCACAGCAACUUACCUGACAACAGAGGAUUUGGGGAAACGUCUCCUCAUGCCUUCCAGUUGGAGCUGUUCUUCAAUAAUGUCACCAAGCCCAACAGCCCCACCUUCCACAGACUGGGCAGUUUGGAAUAUGAUGAAAACAAGUCCAUCGUGUUCAGACCCUGUGGAAAGGUGAACACUGAUGGGCUGGUGCUGCGCGGCUGGUAUACCAGUUUGACCCUGGCCGUUUACGGGACCGCCGAUCGUCUUCAUGGGCACGACCACGAUUCACCUCCCCCUCCUCCGCCUCCGCCCCCACAACAACCAAGCGGGCUCAAGAGGAUUAUCAAAUCAGAAUGGGAAAAAGAAGGACAGUACAACGGCAGCCCACCCAGGCCAGCACCCAGAGGGCCUCGUACUCCACCUGGACCUCCACCUCCUGAUGACGAUGAGGAGGAGCAGGUCCCCAUGACAGUAGGCGUGAUCAAAGAGGAGCCGAGCCAAGGCCGUGACGAGUAUCUGGAAGCUGUGUCUCCUGAAAGAUCACUGCCCACCGAGGAAGCGUUCUCCGAGGCUGAGCAAGAAGAAGAAGGCGAGGAGGAAGAGGAAGAAGAGGAGCGCGAGGAGGAGGAAGAAACACGGACGGAAUGCAGCACCCGGGAAGAGGAGGAGGAAGAAGAGGAAGAUGAGGGUGAGGAAGAGGAGAUGGAGGAAGGUGACGAUGGGUAUGAGCAGAUUUCCAGCGACGAGGACGACUUGGACAACGGGAACUUCAAGCUGCCCACCUUCGACAUCGACUACACUCCUGAGGAUCUUGCUUCCGUCCCACCUGUCCAGUACGAUCCAUACGAACGAGAACUCAAACCCCUGGUUUACUUCACUUCUCCGUACAAGACUCGUUUUGAUAUCCAGUUGGAGAAGACCACCGUGGAAGAGCCCAGAGAUGCUGGCAGAACAGAAGGCUCGGCAGGUGGAGAGGAGAGUGAAGCAGUUGCUCAGCUAAAAGAACUACUCGCUGGAGUCGGUGAAGACAGAGACGCUCGAUGGGUCACUGCUCUGGAAGAGGCACCUGGACUACUGAACAAAGGUUUAGCUUACUUAAUCAAACAAGGACAGGCAGACGUGGAGGAACCUGUUAGAGUUUUAGUUCGAUGGGCUCUCCAGGCUUUGAGUAUGGAGGUUGCACUCACUCAACCCAUCGCCCUGAACCUCAGACAAUUAAAAGCCGGUGCAAAGUUGGCGUCGUGCCUGGCCGAGUGUCCGCAGGGUCUCUCAGAACUGCUGCAUCAGGGGGCCCUGAAUGUGCUGCUGGAGCUGCUUCACGCUGACCAUUUUUCCUCCACUUUGAAGCUGAGUAUCCUCAGAGCUUUGGAUGCUCUCAUCAGCGCUCCUGCAGGAUGUAAGGCUUUCCUGGGUGCGGGAAUCUCAGAGAAGAGUGGCUACCAGCGUUUGGUCCAGAUGUUCCUGCAUGAAGAAACAGUCCGAGUUAUAACAGCUGGAAACGCCAUCUUACAAAAAAGCCACACAUUUGAAGUACUCACCAACCUCCAUCAUGCAGCCACAGCAUGGAGUGAACCGCAGCAGGAGGAGAUGGAGGAAACUGAGAGCUCUAUGGAGGAGGAACCGUCACUGAGCUCCUCUCCUGUCAGUGAGGCUGAGCUGGAUAGGCUUGCAGAGGUUUUGGAAGAGCUUCAUCACCUGCUGGAAUCUGCUCCUCACUGCAUGGUGCAACCUCCCGGGAAAGCCUUCCCCACCACGGCCAGAAUAACUGGUCCACAGGAGAGGGAUAAUCCCUACCCGACACUGUACAGGUAUAUGCACACAUGCCAUUUCUUAGAGAGCACUUCAGUGGUGAUGUCAGCGGCUGCAGCAGCUGGACACGUCGGUGUCACUCAAGCCGUUAAAGAGCUCCUUCGCUUCCUGUCGCUUACCCAGUCCGGUCUACUCUUCCUUCUGGGCCAGGCUUCCCCCACCAACCUGCUGCUGCGUCUCCUGGCCUCCAUGGCUGAGUCUGAGGGCGAGGACAGCAUGUUAGCAGGAGGGGAAGGAAGUCUUGUGGGGCCCGGCUACGGGGAAGAAGGUUUUUGCGUCUGGCUAAUGCAGGCGCUGCACACUCUGCAGGGUGUGUCUGAGCUCAUGAACCACGUGGCGGCCGGAGGAGAAGGUGGUGCGGGACUCGAGGAAGGCGAUAACCCAGAGGUUCUGGGUCUGCUGCAUGCACUUUACUUGAUGACCUUCACGCAGACAGGUCGUAGUGCUGUGGCCCACGUUCUGAGCCUGGAGAACAACCUGUCCUGUCUGGUUACUCUCCUCCAGCAUCACAGCAAGGACGCACAGGGAGAGGGAAAGUCUCGUAAAGCAGUGACGUAUAACUAUGCUUGUAUGCUUGUCCUAAUGGUGGUACAGACUUCUAACGAACUGCGGAUGAUGGAGCAAUAUGCUGCUCCGCUACUCGCUGUAACUAAAGCAGAUGACACUAAUGCCAAGCUGCAGGAGCUCAGUAAAUGGCUGGAACCUCUGGAGAAACUUCGCUUUGAGAUUGGCAGCAUUCCUACUCUCAUCAACUACGUUAAGCAGAAUAUGGAGAAUGUGUUAAACGCUGAUGGAACUGGGAUGGUCACGGCUCUGAGGGUCCUCUACCACAUCGCCUGUCCGCCUCCUGCUGUUGAGGGCCAGCAGAGAGAUCUGAAGUGGAGCCUUGCAGGUGUGCAGCUGUUCUCCGGGGAGGGUCUGGAUACCUGUGUGCGCGUCCUGCAGAAGCUGUGCAGCGUGUUGCUGCAGCCAUGGCGCGCGCACGGCCACAUGGGCCCGACGCCACAGCGCUGCAUGAUUCUCAGCGUAUGCAUCAGCACCCUCAGGCUGCUGCGCACCAUGCUGACCGAGCUGCUCUGCGGCGGUGCCUUCCAGUUCAGGGACACGCGAGUGGCGAAUGUUCUGGUGACACUCCACAUGAUCGUGUGCUCCAUUCCUGCAUCAGGACGUCUGGAUGGGGAGGAGACCAGGGUGCAGGCGCUGAUCGUGGAUGUGCUGCUCACCUUCACACAGGGCGUCAGCGAACAGGUCACUCAUACAGAAGAGACUUUGGCCAGUAACACGUGGUCCCUGAUGCUGAAGGAAGUCUUAAGUUCACUGCUGAAAGCUCCUGAAGGUCUGUUCUCUGGCCUGACGCUGCUCUCAGAGCUGCUGCCUCUUCCUCUGCCGAUGCAGAGCACUCAGGUGCUGUCGGUCCAGGAUGUGGCUAUAGCUUUAAACACCAGGAAGUUGUGGAGCAUGCACAUCCGGGCGCAGUGGAAAGUGCUUUCAGAGGUGCUGAGUUGUGUUUGCUCCACCAGCUGCCCUCCGCUCCUCACCAUGCUGAGGAGGGUGUGCGUUCAGCUGGCCGACCUGUCUUCCAUCACCUCAAUUCUCGUCAUGAAGGCUGUGUUGGAGCUGCUGCUGGAGGAGCUGCAGCCAGCGGAGGGGAAAAGUCUGUGCUUGGGCCAAGUUUUACGCCUUCUGUCUUUGAUGGAUGCUCUGACGUCACAAAGAGCUUGUAAGAGCGCGACGCUGCAUCUUCUGUCUGGUUCCGUUUCUGGAGACGAACAACUGGCAGAAUUGUUCCCUUUGCUUUUGUCCCUGUUGGUUCCUCCAACUGAUCACUCCUUACAACAACAGCAAUGCAGUGUUUUGGUGGGAUCUAUUUUACAGUCACUGUGUGACCAGGACAUAUCGCUGGUGGUGCCUCCACCUGGUGAAAGCUGCGUGUCAGAAGCUGAGCAGCUGGCCAACGCACUUCCAGGUCGAGAAAUGCUGUCUUCAGUCUGCAACUCUUUGUUGGAAGUUUUAGGGAAUAAAGAGGGCAGCAUCCCCCUCCACCUCACCUGCAUCCGGACUUUAACAUUCCUCACAGAGCACGACUAUGGACUUUACUAUCUCAAAAUUGCUUUGAAGAAACAUGGCUCAGAGCUGUGCUCGCUGCUAAAGAGGCUCGUGGUUUCUUUCAGCAAAGAUUCAACAGAUCUGCUGUCCUCUCUGCUCGACUUCCUCCGGCAGAUCGUUCACACAGACACAAUGUCUGUCGAGGAGGGUCAGGGGUCUGGUGAGGAGACUCACGGCACUCCUCUUCGUUUGCUGACAAGUUCAGAGAUGAAAACUCUGCUGCGGUGGGAGGACUCGGCAUCACAUCCACUGUCUACUUUAGAGAAGCUAUUAACGAAAUUCUGUAAAGAAGACGAUUCCUUGGAGACCAUGUUGGAGAAUGUGAUUGUUCUGAAACAGACCCUGGAAGCGUCCACAGAGGCCCCUCCUGCAGCAGAAACUGAGCCCGUCCUGCCAGCCCCCGAAACACUGGCAGCUCAGUUUAAUCACAGGACGGUCUUUAUUCUGUCAGAAGCAUUAGAUGAGCAGCUUAAAGCACUCUGGUUUUCGCCCUUCCAAACGGAUGAUAUAGAAGCAGACCUCGACAUGGUGAAGGUGGAUCUGGUGGGACUGGCUCAGGAAUGCUGUCCAGAAUUGGAUCUGAAGGCGGAGCUGGAGCGCUCCUUUCUGUCCGAGCCUUCGUCUCCUGGUCACACCAAGGCUCCUAAAGGUUUUCGACUUGGCAAACACAAACACGAGACGUUCAUCACAUCCAGUGGUAAAUCUGACUACGUGGAACCUGCUAAAAGAGCCCACAUCCUUCCCGCUCCUCGUGGUCGUGGGGGCCGAGGGGGGUUUGGACAGAACAUGGCACGCCCCCACGAUAUUUUCCGCCUGCGCAAACAGAACACAUCCCGUCCUCCCAGCAUGCACGUGGAUGACUUUGUCGCAGCAGAGUUUAAAGACAUCGCCAACCCUCUUGGAAUCAUGCCCCCGAAACGUCUCCCAAAAAGCGCCCCUAAGCCCCCCACUAGAGGUCUGUUCACUGGUAACCGAGGCAGAGCUGCCUUUCACAGCCAGACUCGCUUCUUCACUCCACCACAACCUAAAGGUGUCCUGCUGUCAGUAGGUAACUACGCUCGAAGAGACGGAGGCCGCGGGUCUUCGUGGAGCGGCCAGGUUCCGGCCAUCACUCACAGAGGAACCUACAGCGAACCCCGCGGAGGUCAGAGCAACUUCGCACGAGGCCCCCUGCCCUCCCGUCAGCCUCCCGCAAUGUCUUUUGCUUCCACAGGUGCUUAUCGACUGGCAAUCCGUGAUCGGAUUCCGCGGGGCAGAGGAGGGACGGGGCUGUCGUGGCUCGGCGGAGGAGGAGGCGCCGGUGGCGUCGGAGGAGGAAGAGGAUCUCAGGGGAGCAAAUUCAGUGGUGGGGGAGGGAGCGGAGGCGGGAGGGGUAGACACGUGCGCUCCUUCACCAGGUAAAUUAACCUGGGCAUUGACUGCUCACGACGGCCAAUGGACCAAUCAGGAUGUGUGUUUGCUGUCUUUAUGGAAAUGUGGAAGAAUAACGUCAUCACAGUUACUUUGUUUAUGCUUUUUUUGUUUUGUUAUGAGCUGUAUUCAUAGAAUAAAGGUGGUAGUAACUGAU